AUGUCUAGAAUCGAGGUUGACCUAGAAGACAACGGUGACACCUGCAAUGCCAUGGGUGAUAAGAUGGGGGGUAUUGAAUCGCACUCUGAGCACGCUAUGCUGGGUGCCGAUAGGGACUCUAUGCCUCCCGGGUAUUUCACCAGCCCCUCCUUUCUGGGCACCAUCGUAGCAUCCGGGUUUGCUAUUGCCGGGGGGACAGGAGGCUUUGCUCUCGCGGCGCCUAUUUUGAGCAUCAUUAAUGCCGACAUUGGACCCGAUCCGAACUAUACCUGGGUCAGUUUGUCCUAUACUCUGACUCUUUCCGUCGGCCUCACACUUGUGGGCCGGCUGUCCGAUCUAUUUGGACGCCGCUGGUUCUUUAUUUCGGGAAAUAUCCUUGCUGUCAUCGGCAGUAUUGUUUGCGCAGUUGCAUAUAAUAUCAAUAUGGUCAUCGGCGGCACCGUUCUAAUUGGGCUCGCAGCGUCAACUCAGCUCUCAUUCCCAUUCGUUGUGGGGGAGAUUGUUCCCAUGCAGUAUCGCUUCAUCGCAAAUGCAUUCAUCUAUGUCUGGUCCAUUCCAUUCUCUGGACUUGGCCCGUUAGUAGCGUACGCGUUUGUGCUACACACGACCGCAGGGUGGCGCUGGUGCUAUUACUUGAUGAUUAUUGUGAAUGGGCUGGGUGUUAUCUGCUGGUUCCUCUUCUAUCAUCCGCCGACAUUCUCUAUGAAGAAUCAAUCCGCGAGCAAGUGGGCUAUGGUAAAGGGAUUUGAUUAUGUAGGUUUCAUUCUCUUUACCGGCGGGCUCUUGAUCUUUCUUGUUGGCCUCUCGUGGGGCGGUGCGGUUCACCCUUGGAAAUCAGCGCGUGUUAUCGCGACUAUAGUAGUGGGGUUUAUGGCGUUGGUCGCCUUUGCGUUGUGGGAACUAUUCGCAAAUCUGAAGGAAAAGUUACUCCCAAUGCACCUGUUCCGGAACCAAGGCUGGAACGCUUCAAUCCUCGUGCUCUCUCUGGGUGCAUCAGUAUAUUACGCCUUUUCAAUUAUCCUCCCGCAACUCGUCUUCGGCGUCUAUACGGAUGACCUGUUCUACGGCUCCGGUCUGUCCUGUAUAGUUGGUGCUUGUAUUGUUUUGGGCCAGAUUACUGGCGGCCUACUUGCCAAGCAUAUCGGGAAGCAAAAGUGGCAGCUAAUAUUCUCGUGUGCCGCAUUCAUGGGCCUUCUCGGUGGCGUCUCCUGUGUUACUGUCGAUAAUAGGAGCACUGUUAUUGGUCUUCUAAUUGUGGGCUGCUUUUUCUGCGGCUGGGUCGAGUCUCUCGGCCUCGGAAUGGCGAGCAUCCUCGUCGACGACCAAAGCGAGAUCGGUACAGCCGUUGGCGUUGCUGGAUCAGUGAGGUCCACCAUCUCGACCGUAGCAUCAACGAUCUAUCUGGCGGUGCUGGCUAACCGUCUGGGAGAAACCGUCCCGUCCGCGGUAUCCCCAGCGGUUACAGACGCUGGCCUCCCAUCGUCCUCUGUCGCUGCAUUUAUAGAGGCCAUUACGACUGGCUCAUUCAAGGGAAUUCCAGGUGUGACACCCGAUAUUAUUAAGGUUGGGUCCCACGCGUACAAGGUUGCGAGUGCCCAAGCAUAUAGUACCGUCUUCCUCGCCUCGAUCUCGUUCAGUGGCCUGGCGCUUAUCAUGAGCGUCUUUUGUCCGAACGUCGAUGACCGGAUGACUGGAAUGGUGGCAACUACGUUGCAUAGGGGACGAAAACAUGAGAUUCGUGGGAUAGAGAAAAGGGGGACGGGAUUAGCUUGA